GCGACUGACGGUGUUGUUGUCGUCUGCUGCCCAUGUCGGGUGCGCUGCUCAGGCUCGUCGGGCUGUACACGCCCACCGACGGGGGCCGCGACCGAAGGCUACGGUCUGCACCACCGACCCGUGGCGGCAUCGACAUGAUGGCGCACCGCAGCUCCCCACCCCCGAGGCUGUCGGCGCUGAUGGUGCUGGUGUCGGUCGCUAUCGUCGUGGCGGUGGCCAGGGGCGGAGGUACCCGGUCGUGGGUUGCCCGCGGCACCGUGGCGUACUGGGGCGUUGACGACGCGAGUGUGUCUGAUGUGGCUGAUGCCGCGAAGGAAUUCAUGGCCGAUGGGGUUGGCGGUGUCUCGUUGGCCCGCAGUGUCGUUGAGGCUGACGCCUGCUCCUGCUGCGUGUGGUAAGAGCCGGAAUUGAGUGCUGCGAGGGAUAAGGGCACAGGAUGGUACAGCGGGAGCUGGGGGAAAGGGAAUGCCGUCGGGCUGGCGGUGCCGGUCGGGGGAAAGGUGGCGCUGUCGGGCGGGGACGGCGGCGCGUAUGG